UCCUCUAUACACCUCAGAAAAAUACUAAGAUGGCUGGAGCUCUGACUUUCCUCCUCAUUGGCUGUCUGCUGAAAGGCGUCCUGUGUGAAGAGUUUAUGGUCACUUUGCCGAAGACUAUAGAGGUUCUGAAAGGAUCCUGUGUGACCAUCCCCUGCUCCUUUGAGAUACCGAGAAGAUUUCAAAAUAACUUAGAUAACACAUGUAAAGCAAUAUGGAAAGACAAAGAAAAUGAUACUUAUACCCGCAAUAAUCCAAAUCUAAUUACAACAAAAGAAAUGACAGGAGACUUAACAAGAAAAAACUGCACCACAACCUUCAAUAAUAUGCGUCUUGAUCACACCAAUGACUAUUACUUCCAACUGCAAUGUGACAAUCAACUGAAAUGGAAUUUUCACUAUGCUUCUGUGAAUAUUAUUGUCAAAGCUGAUCCUCCCUCACCGACUCUGACUCCGUCCACACUGGAGGAGACGGAGGGAACCUCAGUGAGGUUGAAGUGCUCUGCUCCAGCUCCCUGUCUGUCUCAACCUCCAACUCUGACAUGGACCCCCGGGCUGGGGGACAGUCAGGAGACACUGCAGGAGAAUCAGGACAAAACUAAAGUCAUGACCUCUGUUCUGACCUUCACUGCUUCUCACCUCCAUCACGGAAAGACCAUCUCCUGUACUGCCACCUACAAUAAACAAGAUGGCAGCCCUUCGUCAUCUGCUCACAGUGUUUUAACAGCUGAUAUUUCAUUUCCUCCACAGAUUCUACACUCAUCUGUUUGCACCAAAACUGAAAGCCAGGUCAACUGUUCCUGUGAGACUGUGGGAAACCCUUCCCCCGUUUUACACUGGAAUUUGGAUGGGCUACCUGUAGAUCACUCUGACAGGUUUGCAAUCAGCAAUGAGUUGCUAAAUGACACAGGUGUGAGGAGCGUCAUCACUGUGAGUCAGCCACAAUGUGGCGAUCUUUCCACCUUGGUCUGCAACAGCUCCAACUCUCUGGGAGCUGCCAGUCAACGUUUCUGUGUCACCUGCCUUGAGCAACAAACCUCUGCAGGAAGUCAAGGUGGACCUCACAGUGGAGUCCUUCCUUGGGCUGUUGCUGGUGUGUCUCUCGGUGCGAAUGUCUUCUGUAUAAUCUUCAUGGCGUUCCUUUGGAGAGCACGCAGGAAUGUGAAGCCAAAAGAAGAGGACACAACUUACAUUUCACUGGAUCAUAGAGACAUGUCUUCAGAGUAUGAUGUCAUUGCCCAAACUCGAAACUGAUGGCCGACUUACACUGAUGAUGAUCAUGAUAACAAUCAGAUUGUUUUACUUAAAGAUUCCUUGUAUUGCUUAUUUUGAAACAAACGUUGCUCCUGUCAAUCUGCUCUUUUCUGCAAUGUCUUCCGUCUGUUACAUAAUGAAUCCAUUUUCAACAGGGUGUUGGGCACAAAACAUCAACAGCUAUUUAAUGUAAUUUUAAAACAGCCCAUGAUGUUCGAUUUUGGUUUAAACUUCCUCACAAAGGUACACUCUUACCCAUGUGGUGCUUUUCAAGCUGGUGGUGUUUCCACUUUGGGUGAAAGGUCUCCAUUCUCAGAUUAAAGGGCUGAACAUGUAUCUCUACAGUAGGUCUGUAAAGCCAUUCUGUAUUGAUGUGUCUUCUUCAUGUGCACCAAGCUGAAUAACUCCAUUACGCAAUUGUUUAAUUCAGCAUUUGAUUAUGUGUUGGGGUUUUUUUUGUUUGUUUGACUGUGAGAUCAAUAUAAUUGUAAUUAUGUGUUUGAUCCAAUAUAUUUGUAGCUGAUGUGAAAAUAAAAUGAACAAAGACAU